UUAGUUUUUAAAUUUGUCAACUUAAGUUGUUUGUUGAUUUUCCUAAGAGAAGAAACAUGUUCAGAUUUCAAAUUUAAUAAGACAAAAGAGGAUUAACUCCAUGUUUAUAUAUAUAUAUAUAUAUAGCUUGAGUUGUUGUUAUUGAUUCAUUGUUGAAAAAGUAGGUCACCCCAUAACACAGUUUCCGUAUGCAGUUCGGGUAGGGUUUAGAUUCAUCAGACAUUUUUAUGAUAUUAGUAGACCUUUUGUGGGAGGUUAAUCACGGUACAUCUUCUUAUGGGUUUUCCCAGCAGAUUCAUGUACCAUACUAAGCGAUUAAGUAUCAGAGUAUUUUGUAGUCGCACUUAACCAGAAAAAUGAAAACUAAUGAUCUGUAAAUUGUUAAUCAGGCUGUCUAAGGAGACUUAAAGUUUAUAACUAACAAGUAGUUCAAGGGAUUUAUUAUUAGAUUCUGAAUCAGGUGAAAUCAUACUGUAUUUGUCAUCUGUAAAUUGUUGUGAGGUUCUGUUAUUAGACUCUUAGAAAAUGCAACUCGAUUCAUGAAGUACCAUUUUGGUUAUGGGGUUCAAGGAUUUCAGAUGUUAACUCUGCAGUGCUCAGCAAAGCUUGCUUUUUCUUUCAUUGAUACAUGUAAACAUGAGUUACAACCACUUGCUUAUACUACCUUGAAGCAGUGGCAUCCUUGGAUAAUUUUUAGAGUUUGGAAAAUAUGCCAUCUAUACAGACUGCAUUGCCUCCUGAACUCGUCAAUAAUGCCCGAAGACUUUAUCGGGAGUGUCUAAGAAGAGCUAAAUAUGUUGGUCAUAGACAAAAUAAUACUCCGCUCCUGGUGGAUAUGAUAAGGCAGCAAUUCAAGAAAAACAUGCUCGAGACAAAUCCAGAAAAGAUUCAGACCAUGAUGGAUGCUGCUGCAAGAGGACUUAUUAAUCAUAUGCUCCUAGAGUCAGAACAGAUAACUGGGCGCAAGUUAAGCAGCAAAACUUAAUGUUCUACAUAUUGUUGCAGUUCUCAUGUCAUGUUUCUGUUUUCCCAAAUCAACAAAUUUCAUUUAUUCUACUCUUAACUGGACUGAAUAAAUUUCUGGUGUUGGUGUUUACUGGACUAUAGAGUUGAUGUCUUUUUUGGGUCUUCCUGAGUUGUCUGACCAUUUUCAGUAUUACCUGGUAUGUAAAAUCUAACAUUGAUGAUUUGCGGAUUCAGCAAGUUGGUUAUAUUUUUGCUUGACCAUGAACUUGAGCAAA